AUGACGGAGGAGGAGAUGGAGUUGUUGCAGGCUUACCGCAACAACGAACGCCAACUGGAUGCCGGUGAGCUGUCUAGGCAGGUGUUGAGGAGGGGCGGCGAUAGUACCGCCGUCACCGUCGCCGGAAAAGAGGACGAGGAGGAGCUGGUGCGUCAGAUGGCCAUUGAGAAGUUUAAAACCAGUAUCCUCCAGCGGUUGCACCUUUCCAGCCCAACCAUCAUGGAGGACGCCGACGACGCCGGUGGUGGCGGCGGUAUGAAUGCCACUGACGAGGUAAUGGAGGCUCUACCGCUCUUCUUGAAACGCCGCCUACUCAACGAGGUGGAGAACACGAAUGGAAUACUCGAACCGCCAGCUGAACGAACUGAGGAGAAGGAGACAAUAGUACUGCUAAAACCACUUCGCUUCAAAUGGCCAGGAACCUCCUCGGCAGUGUUUGCGGUUGAAGUGGCCGACACCAUCUACGCCACGGGAGUAAAGUCAGCGAGACUACAAUUCGAA